CCACUCAUCCACUCUACUAUAUCCUCUCUACUACAUCUUCUCUACUACAUCUUCUCUACUACAUCUUCUCUACUACACCUUACCCAACGCAACACAACACCACACCACUACAAUACUACUACAACACAACACUACUACUACCCCUCUUCAUUACUCUACUCAUCUUCUUACUCAAAUAUAAUCAUGGGCAAGAAAGCGAUCCAGUUUGGCGGCGGUAAUAUUGGCCGUGGUUUUGUCGGAGAGUUCCUUCAUGCCGCUGGCUUUGAGGUCGUCUUCGUUGACGUCGUUGACUCCGUUAUCGAGGCCCUGCAGAAUGCUCCCUCCUACGAGGUGACUGAAGUCAGCGCCGAAGGAGAGAGCACCAAGGUCAUCACCAACUACCGCGCCAUCAACUCCAAGACUCAUGAGAGCGACGUCAUCCAGGAGAUCGCGACGGCCGAUAUUGUCACCUGUGCCGUGGGCCCUCGCGUCCUCAAGUUCAUCGCCCCGGUCAUCGCCAAGGGUAUCGAUGCCCGUACCGUCUCCACUCCCCUGGCGGUGAUGGCCUGCGAGAAUAUGAUCGGCGCGACCGAUUCCCUGCAUGACUACAUCAAGAACAAUACCUCUUCGGAUCGCCUCCCCUCCCUCUACGACCGUGCCCGGUUCUCCAACUCGGCCAUCGACCGCAUCGUUCCCAACCAGCCCGAGAACCACGGUAUCAAUGUCCGCAUCGAGAAGUUUUACGAAUGGGUCGCGGAGAAGACGCCCUUUGGCGAAUUCGGCCACCCCGAUGUCCCCGCCAUCCACUGGGUCGACAACCUGCAGCCCUACAUCGAGCGCAAACUGUUCACCGUCAACACCGGCCACGCCACGACCGCAUACUACGGAUAUAACCGCGGCAAGAAGAUGAUCGCCGAAGCCCUGGCGGACCAGGACAUCCGUCGCAUCGUGCACGAAGUCCUCGAGGAGACCGCCUCCCUCAUCGUCGCCAAGCAUGGUAUCUCGGUGCAGGAGCAGCAGGACUACGUCGACAAGAUCAUCAGCCGGAUCUCCAACCCCUACCUCGAGGAUGGCGUCGAACGCGUUGCCCGCGCCCCCUUGCGCAAGCUGUCCCGUAGCGAACGCUUCAUCGGGCCGGCCUCCGAGUUGGCCGAGAACGGUCAGAGCUACGAGAAGCUGCUGGGUUCGAUCGAGAUGGCCCUUCGCUUCCAGGACGUCCCCGGCGACGAGGAGAGUGCCGAGCUGGCCCACAUCCUCCAGUCGCAGUCUGCCGAGGACGCCACCGCCCAUCUGACGGGACUCGAGAAGGAUCACAAGCUGUUUGCCCCUGUCCUGGAGCGUGUGGCCAAGGUCCAGCAGGAACUCAAGUAGACUCCACCACCGAGGAUCGAUCUGUCGGAGACGCCCUUGACCAGUUGAAUUAUCAGUCGCAACAUACGGACUGACCAAAGAGGCUUUCGACCGAGAUCGAGGUUCGACCGCAGGACGAACCGAACCGCAUGGGAUAGGCGAACAGGGACGUGGACGGAGCAUGGGAAUUCGGAUUGCAUAUGUAUUAGCGGCUAGUGCAGGCACAAGCUUACGAG